GCAGCCGCCAGGGAGCGAGGGGCAGGCUCAGGCAGCUCCCCAGGCGCUGCAGCGGUGAUAAAACUUGAGAAAGAACAAGGAGGGGCGGCUCGGCGGCUCCUGGGUCCAAUCCAGUGUCAGGAGCGAGCAGGCUCGCGGGCAGGCAAGCCAGAGAGGCUCAGGCGACGUCAAGGCAAACAGCAGUGAGAGCAGCACCUGCCGCACCUCUCGCGGUCGGUCUCCUCUCCGAACGCCCGCGUUCUCCAUCUCCUGCCCGCGCCCCGAUGGCCGCCGCCGGGCCGCGGAGCCCCCUGCGGCUGCUGCUGCCCCUCUUGGUCUUCAGUUUUUCUGGUGAGGCCUGCAAAAAGGUGGUAUUUAAUGUACCUUCUCAACUGGAGGCAGACAAAAUAGUCGGCAGAGUUAAUUUCAAAGAGUGCCUCAGGUCUGCAGACCUUAUCCAGUCAAGUGAUCCUGAUUUCAGAGUUCUGGAUGAUGGGUCGGUGUACACAGUCAGAGCUAUGAUGCUGUCUGAUGAGAAAAGAUCAUUCACCAUAUGGCUUUCUGACAUAAAGACGGGGAUACAGAAAGAGAUUACUGUGCUCCUAGAACAUCAGAAGAAGGUCUUGAAGAAAAGACACACUAAAGAAACUGUCCUCCGACGAGCCAAGAGAAGAUGGGCACCUAUUCCUUGUUCAAUGCAAGAGAAUUCCUUGGGUCCUUUUCCUUUACUGCUUCAACAAGUUCAAUCUGAUGCAGCACAGAACUAUACCGUCUUCUACUCAAUAAGUGGUCGUGGAGUUGACCAAGAACCUUUAAAUUUGUUUUACAUAGAAAGAGACACUGGAAAUCUGUACUGUACCCGACCUGUGGAUCGUGAAGAAUAUGAUGUUUUUGAUUUGGUUGCCUAUGCGUCCACCGCAGAUGGAUAUUCUGCAGACUUUCCUCUUCCAUUGCCUAUCAAAGUGGAGGAUGAAAACGACAACCACCCUGUUUUUACUGAAGCAGUUUAUAAUUUUAAAGUUCCAGAAAGUAGUAGACUUGGUACUACUGUCGGGGUGGUUUGUGCCACGGACAGAGAUGAACCUGACACAAUGCACACGCGACUGAAAUACAGCAUUUUGGAGCAAACACCAAGAUCUCCUGGGCUUUUUUCUGUGCAUCCAAGCACAGGUGUCAUCACCACUGUCUCUCAUUACUUGGAUAGAGAGGUUGUAGACAAGUACAUAUUGAUAAUGAAAGUACAAGACAUGGAUGGUCAAUUUUUUGGAUUGAUUGGCACAUCAACAUGUAUCAUUACGGUAGAAGAUUCAAAUGACAAUGCACCCACUUUCAGACAAAAUGCUUAUGAAACAUCAGUCGAGGAAAACACAUAUAAUGUGGAAAUCUUACGAAUACCUGUAGAAGAUAAGGAUUUAAUUAAUAGUUCCAAUUGGAGGGCCAAUUUUACCAUUUUAAAGGGAAAUGAAAAUGGAUGCUUCAAAAUCAGCACAGACAAAACCACUAAUGAAGGUGUUCUGUAUGUUGUAAAGCCAUUGAAUUAUGAAGAAAACCAUCAAGUGGUCCUUGAACUUGGAGUAAGCAAUGAAGAUCCAUUUGCCAGAGAUUUUGCAUCCAGAGUGCCAACCAUGAACAGAGCAUUGGUUACAAUUCAUGUGAGAGAUCAGGAUGAAGGACCUGAAUGCAAUCCUCCAGCCCAGUAUGUUCGGAUUAAAGAAAACUCAGCAGUGGGCUCAAAGAUCAAUGGCUAUAAGGCAUAUGACCCUGAAACUAGAAAUAGCAAUGGCUUAAGGUACAAAAAACUGAAUGAUCCAAAAGGGUGGAUCACCAUUGAUGAAAUUUCAGGGUCAAUCAUAACUUCCAAAUCCCUGGAUAGAGAGGCCAUGGCCUUCAGAAACGACUUAUAUAACAUCACAGUCCUGGCAAUAGACCAAGAUGGUAGAUCGUGUACUGGAACACUUGCUGUGAACAUUGAAGAUGUGAAUGAUAAUGCACCUGAAAUACUUCAAGAUUAUGUAACAAUCUGCAAAUCCACAAUGGGCUACACUGACAUUUCAGCUGCUGAUCCUGAUGAGCCCGCCCAUGGAGCUCCAUUUUAUUUCAGCUUGGGAAAUACUUCUCCAGAAAUUAAUAGAAUCUGGACCCUUCACAGAGUUAAUGAUACAGCUGCCCGUCUUUCAUAUCAGAAAAAUGCUGAACUUCAAGAAUAUUUCAUUCCUAUUACUGUAAAAGAUAGAGCAGGUCAAUCUGCAACAAAAACCUUGAGAGUCAAUCUGUGUGAUUGUACUCACUCAAAUCAGUGUUUCUCAGCCCCGAGGAGUGCACGAGUAGAACUUGGAAAAUGGGCGAUCCUUGCAAUAUUACUGGGAAUAGCUCUACUGUUUUCUGUAUUGCUAACUUUAGUAUGUGGAAUUGUUGGUGCCAGAAAAGGAAAACAUUUUCCUGAAGAUUUAGCACAGCAAAACUUAAUUAUAUCAAACACAGAAGCACCUGGAGAUGACAGAGUGUGCUCUGCCAAUGGAUUUAUGACACAGACCGGCAACAACUCUAGCCAAGGCUUUUGUGGCACCAUGGGAUCAGGAGUCAGAAAUGGAGGGCCAGAGACCAUUGAAAUGCUGAAGGGACAGCAGACCUUAGACUCCUGCCGGGGGGCCGGGCAUCACCACACCCUGGAUUCCUGCAGGGGAGGACACGUGGAGAUGGACAACUGCAGAUACACCUACUCGGAGUGGCACAGCUUCACUCAGCCCCGACUCGGUGAAAAAUUACAUCUGUGUAAUCAGGAUGAAGAGCACAUGCCAUCUCAAGAUUAUGUUCUUACAUAUAACUAUGAAGGAAGAGGCUCUCCAGCUGGCUCUGUAGGCUGCUGCAGUGAAAAGCAGGAAGAAGAUGGACUUGACUUCUUAAAUAACUUGGAACCUAAAUUCAUUACGUUAGCAGAAGCAUGUACAAAGAGAUAAUGUCUCAAUGCUACAAUUGGAGAUGUCUUUGCUAUAUGUUUUGGAGGUUUCCAAAAGUGAUACUGCAAAUUUCAGUUACAAUUUACAUAGAGAUGGCUCCUGACUUAUGAUGGUGCUACAUAUUAUAUUUCAGUUUUAUCAUGGUGUGAAAACUAUGUGCAUUCAAUAGAAACUAUGCUUCAAAGUUUGAAUUUUGUCCUUUUCUCAGGCUAGCAAUUGUGGUUAAUAUGCCCUCUCAAGAUACUGGGCAGUAAUAACCUCAGUUUCCAGAGAACCACAAACUCACAGGGGUGAAAAUCUACAGGGUACUGUGUUUCUAAGCUCUGAUGUUCAGUAGGUCAGUUGUAGUAUAUUAAUUUUUUUUAAUUUAGUAAAUAUAAAUUUCCAAAGUACAGUUUAUGGAAUACAAUGGCUUCACCCCCCCCAUAAUUUCCCUCCCACUUGCACCCCUCCCAUCUCCUGCUCCCUCUCCCAUUCCAUUCACAUCAAGAUUAAUUUUCAAUUAUCUUUAUAUACAGAAGAUAGAUUUAGUAUAUAUUAAGUAAAGAUUUCAUCAAUUUGCACCCACACAGAAACACAAAGUGUAAAAUACUGUUUCAGUACUAGUUAUAGCAUUACUUCACAUUGGACAACACAUUAAGGACGGAUCCCACAUGAGAAGUAAGUACACAGUGACUCCUGUUGUUGACUUAACAAUUCGACACUCUUGUUUAUGGUGUCAGUAAUCUCCCUAGGCUCUAGUCAUGAGUUGCCAAGGCUAUGGAAGCCUUUUGAGUUCGCCGACUUCGAUCUUAUUCCGACAGGGUCAUAGUCAAAGUGGAAGUUCUCUCCUCCCUUCAGAGAAAGGUACCUCCUUCUUUGAUGGCCCUGUUUUUUCCACUGGGAUCUCACUCGCAGAGAUCUUUCAUUUAGGUCUUCUUUUUUUUUUUUUUUUUUUUUUUUUCCAGAGUGUCUAUCUCAUGGGCUCUUCAGCCAGAUCCGCAUGCCUUAAGGGCUGAUUCUGAGGCCAGAGUGCUAUUUAGGACAUCUGCCAUUCUAUGAGUCUGCUGUGUAUCUUGCUUCCCAUGUUGGAUCGUUCUCUCCAUUUUUGAUUCUAUCAGUUGGUAUUUAUUAGCAGACACUAGUCUUGUUUGUGUGAUCCCUUUGACUCUUAGACCUAUCAGUGUGAUCAGUACAUUAAUUUUUGACUAAGAAUAUUUUCAUCUAUAAAAAUGUAAUUCCAUUGUAAGUUAAAAAAAUCUGAAUAUAAAAUGAAUUUUAAAAAUUUUAUAUAGCAGUAUCUACCAAUUUGCUUUUUAGAGCAAUGUGUUGCUUAUUUUUACCAAGAAGUGCAAAAUAUUAAAAUGCACAACAACCAAAUCUCAUGCUGUAGCAUUAGAAUUGAGGGCUAAAAGGGUCUCUUCUCUACAAAUAUAUUCUUAGUAAUUAUGUUUGGUAAAUAUUAAUCUAAUAAAAGCUAAGCUAUACUGA